AAUUUGUAGACGUCUCUGUCAAAGCGACUCUUGAUUGCCACACCGCCGGAGGCGUGAAAACUAAAGUGCCGCGACUCCGAGCGUGAGGAAGGAUCUGCUUUUGCGAGCGGUAGCUACCUGGAGCUGGUAACCUUGUGACUGGGAAUAAAAAUAUGAGGUAUGUCAGUAGUCGAGGAGGAGCUGAAAGUGUUGAUUUUGAAGGUGCUCUCUUUUCGGGAUAUGCAACGGAUGGUGGCCUUUUCAUGCCUGACAAAAUCCCUGUCCUGGACUAUACCACUCUUCACAAAUGGAGCACCUUCUCCUACCCUGAUCUGGUAAAACAAUUGUGCUCCAUCUACAUCUCUUCUGAACUCAUUCCAAAAGCAGAUCUGAAUGACCUGAUUGAUAGAGCGUUCAGCCGAUUUAGACACAAAGAUGUUGUUCAUCUGUCGAGACUGAAGAAUGACUUGAAUGUUUUGGAACUUUGGCAUGGUGUGACAUAUGCUUUUAAGGAUCUGUCGUUAUCCUGUACAGGGCAGUUCCUACAAUAUUUUCUGAAGAAAAAGAAGCUGCACAUCACAGUUCUAGUGGGGACAUCAGGAGACACUGGCAGUGCAGCAAUUGAAAGUGUUCGGGGUGAAAUGAAUGUGGACAUAUUUGUUCUGCUGCCACAUGGUCUCUGCAGCCAAGUGCAAGAACUACAGAUGACAACAGUGGUGGAAGAGAAUGUCCAUGUGUUUCUUGCUGAGGGAAACAGUGAUGAAAUUGAUGAGCCAAUCAAAGAAUUGUUUGCAGAUGAAGACUUUUCCAGAAGGCACAACCUGCUGAGUCUGAAUUCGAUCAACUGGUCUAGGAUUCUGGUGCAAAUUGCUCAUUAUUUCUAUGCUUACUUUCGGUGUGUUCCAUCCAUGGAUGCUACUCCAUUGCCAACUGUGGAAAUUAUUGUUCCAACUGGGGGAGGAGGGAAUCUCACAGCUGGAUGUAUUGCAAAGAAGAUGGGGCUCCCCAUUGAGCUUGUGGCUGCAGUCAAUGACAAUGAUGUCAUACACAAAACUGUCCAGCAUGGUGACUUCUCAUUGUCUGGGAGUGUGAAGCCAACACUAGCUUCAGCAAUGGAUAUUCAGGAACCGUACAAUAUGGAGAGGAUCUUUUGGCUGCUCUCUGGCUCAGAUAGCCAUUUGGUCAAACAUUUGAUGGAAAAAUUUUAUGCUGAUAAAGAAGUCAAACUUCCAGGAGAAUUGCAUAAGGAGCUUUCCAGAGCGUUGAGAUCUUGCUCGGUGUCAGAUGAAGAAAUUGUUCACACCAUGAGACGCUGCUGGGAGGAGAACCACUACCUCUUAUGUCCCCACACAGCUAUUGCUGUCUGCUACCAUUAUAAGCACUCCAGCUGCCAUCCAAGCAUUUCUAGGUGCUGCUUUGCUCCUGCCUCCCCAGUCAAAUUCAAGGAUGCUGUUCUUAAAGCUGAUCUCAGCCUGGAAGUCUCAUCUGAGAUAAGCGCAUUGGAAGAGAUGGAGACCAGAUCCAGCAUCCUGAAGAGGGACGAAGAUUGGGCAAAAAUACUGCGGCACCAAAUAGAGGCAGUUGCCAAGCAAAGACGUUCUAUGCUCGACUGACUAUUUGCAAUUAAUACCUAAUUGCUUGCUUAAUCAAAACCUCUCACCACUAUGUGCAAGGUACAAAAUGGUGGCAGACCCGUUGUUGCUUUUGCUAAUGAGUAAAAAAUAACAGCUGUAUAGAAUCCUUUGUCACUAUAAGCUUUAGAAAACAAGAUUGCCAUGUUUUCUAAAAGGAAAGUGCAGUAUUGUUCAGUCUUUCUCUUCUAAUUACAACAAAGACAGUUUGUGAAAGCAUAAUUUAAAAUAAAAAAAAUAGAAUGAUACAGAAUUAUAUUACCAAGGUUCAGCUUCAUGCCUCUGACAAAAUGGACCCCAGCCUAUGCUGUUAUGUAUUGUUUGUUUAGAAUAUAUAACACCUCUCAACAAAAAUUUCCCAAAGCAGUUUGUAAGGUAAACUGGGCAACAAUUGCUAAAGACAACUUCAUUUGAAUGUUUCCCUUACUGGUUCAUCUUUGAACAGUCCUUACAUCUUGUAGGCCUCACUGGGAAGAUAUCAUCGGGGACUCCUAGCUCUCAGUGGAGAAGUCUGUGGAGCUGCUGAAAGAAUAGUGCUCUGUAAAGUUGUUUCUCCACCAAGCCCACAGUGGCCAAAGAGAAGAGGCUGCCCACUCCAGAAGUCUCCUCAAGCACCAAACCUGAGUAAUGCUAGUAGUUUUGUUCAAAGAAGACAAGGGCUUUUCCUCACCCAGGCAUUAUCGGCUUUAGCUGAUACACCAACUGACACCUUACCUGGAUAGAGAGAGUUUGGCCACGGUUAUUCAUGCUCUGGUAACCUCUCGCUUAGAUUACUACAAUGAAUUAUACGUGGGGCUGCCUUUUUAAAACGGUCCAGAAACUGCAACUGGUACAAAAUAGGGCUGCAAGAUUAUUAACUGGGAGUGAACGUUUUGAUCAUAUUAUGCAAGUGCUUCAUCGGCUGCACUGGCUCUCAUGCCAUUUCUGGGCCCAAUUCAGAGUGCUGGUUUUUACCUUUAAAGUUUGGGCUCGGCUUACCUGAGAAAGUGACUUGCCCCAUAUGUCCGGACUUGGACCUUAAGAUCUUCUUCGGAGGCCCUGCUCCGAAUGCCCCUGCCAAACGAAGUGAGGCCGGUGGCUACUAGGGAGAGGGCCUUUUUGGUGGUUACAUCCCCUUUAUGGAACAGCCUCCCCAGGGUACCAUCACUUUGUUCUUUUAAAUGCCAUGCAAAGACUUUUCUGUUCAUUCAGGCUUUUAAAAUUUGAUUUUUAAAAUUGACUUAAAAAAAACCACAAGUUUUAAAAUUGUUUUGUACUCUCUCUGUGUGUGUGUUGUGAUUUGAUGUGUUCUAUGUGUUUUUAUUAGCACUUAGCAAUAGCAAUAGCACUUACAUUUAUAUACCGCUCUAUAGCCGGAGCUCUCUAAGCGGUUUACAAUGAUUUUUAGCAUAUUGCCCCCAACAUUCUGGGUACUCAUUUUACCGACCUCGGAAGGAUGGAAGGCUGAGUCAACCUUGAGCCCCUGGUCAGGAUCGAACUUGUAACCUUCUGGUUACAGGGCGGCAGUUUUACCACUGCGCCACCAGGGGCUUAUUGGAUGUUUUAAUGUUGUGUUGCGAGCUGCCCAGAGGACAAUUUGUUAUGGGGCAGCUAACAAAUAAAGGUGGUUGUUGUUAUUGUUACAGCCUAAUCCUGGCAAAGAGCAGAAAUUGUGUUUCAUUGGAAGACAAGCCUUAUUCUAAUGCUAGCUGGAUAGUCCAGGAGAAUUUGGAAAAUUGCCUUAUUAGAGAAAUUUACACACAAGCUUAGUCUUUCAAGGGCAAUGACAAAACCUUUUUUGCAACAUAGCACUAUUAUUUCUUAUAUCAAUAACAAGUAAAUUUUAGCCCGUUGAAUAACAGGCGCUAGGAAGGGAAGGGCAAAUCAGCGUCCGGGCAGACUCUGGGGGCUUCGCUGCCAGUCCGGGCCGCGCCCGCCUCACAUUCCCGGCCGGUCUCCCCGGCCGGGCAAGGGCCCCAAGGACUCCAAGCCGCCCAAGGACUCUCCGCCACCAACUCGGCCGGUUUCCCCUGCCGCCUCCUCCCCCCGCCCGGCUUCGGCAGCGCAGCCAGGCUGCGGCCAUGGCUCCGCCGCUGCCUUGGCCGCGCCGCAUCCUCUGGCCAAGGCGGCGGCUUUGCCGCCGCCUCAGCCAGUAUCCCCCGCCGCUGUUUACCCGGCUUCUUCAGGGCGGCCGCUUCUGGCCGCCCAAGAUGGCCACCGGGUCCUGUUGUUCGUGCCUCCCUUGCUCUAUUAUGCGCAUGCACUUCGUGCAUGCCCAGAACAGGCGAGGCACGAACGCACGCUUGGUGUCCGUCCACGGACGGACACCAAGUGUUUUAUUAGAGAGGAUUCAGAUGCUCUGCAUUCAGUAGAGUCUUCUUUUGGGAAGGACCUGCUAGCUUAUUUAUUUAUUUGAUUUUUUGGGGUAUACUACCUUUCAGACACAGGCUUCUGAUAUUCAAAUGUAUUGUAAUCACAUACAGUUAAAAACCAAAAUAAUCAGAUUUCUUGCUGUGGCUGGUGGUGGGUCUUAAAGCUGCAGCAGGCCCCAGGAAAAUGUGUGGGUCUCCACUGCCCAAUCCAAAGUCCAGUUGCAGAGUUGUAUUCCAUCCUUGUUGCGGUUAUUUAUUUAUUUAUUUAUCAGAUUUGUACACCGCCCAAACUUCCGUCUCUGGGCGGUUAACAAUAACAUAAAAACAAGUUAAAAACAUACACAAAAACUUAAAACAAUUUAGAAAAUUUUAAAAUCAAACACAGAUUUAAACCCUAAACUAUUUAAAAAGCUGGAAAAGCUUGGGUGAAGAAGUGGGUUUUCAAAUGCUUUUUAAAACUUGUCAAGAGAUGGGUAGGAUUGUAUUUCAGUAGGGAUCACAUUCCACAAUCUCGGUGCAGGAACUGAAAAGGUAACCUCUCUGGCCAUGUGGCCACUAGGUAAGCUGGUGGCAACUAGAGACGGAACUCUCCAGACGACCUUAUUGGGCAGUGGGGCUCAUAAAGAAGAUAUUAUCUUAAAUACCUAGGGCCCAGAAAUAACCAGCACCUUGUAUUUUGCCUGGAAACCUAUUGGCAGCCAGUGUAGCUCUAUCAACAAAGGAGUAAUGUGGUCUCUCCGAGAUGACCCAGAGAGCAACCUGGCUGCCGCAUGCUGUACCAACUGAAAUUUCUGGACUACUUACAAAGGCAGCCCCACAUAGAGUGCAUUGCAGAAGUCAAGUCUGGAGGUUACCAGCAUAUGUACCACUGUUUUGAGGUCAUUCAUCUCAAGAAAUGGACAUCGCUGGUGUAUCAGCCGAAGCUGAUAGAAAGCCCCUCUGGCCACUGCCUCAACCUGAGAUACCGGGGAGAGGUGUGGAUUCAAAAGUACUCCCAGACUGUGUACCUGUUCCUUUUGGGGAAGUGUGACCCCAUCUAGAACAGGUAGUUUAAAAUUGUCUCUGAAGUUCUGACCCCGCACAAUAAGUACCUCUGUCUUAUCUGGAUUCAGUCUCAGUUUAUUCUCCCUCAUCCAGCCCAUUACUGCUUUCAGGCAGGCAUUUAGGGAGGUUUUGCCAUCUCCUGAUGACAAUGACAUGGAAAAGUAGAUCUGGGUGUCAUCAGCAUAGUGAUAACAUCCCUCACCAAAUCCCCUGAUGAUCUCUCCCAGAGGUUUCAGAUUUCAGGUUAUGUAUGAAAACUAUCCUUGUAAUAUGUUCCUUAUUUUUAUUUUAUGCAUAUCUUGGAAAGAGAGUUCAAUACAAGUUAAAACAAAAUAAUCACUGUUGCAUGAUAUCUGGUGUUGGCUACUAGCUUAGAAUCCUUUUACAGGAAGGUUUAAACAAAUUCAUAGAGGACAGGCCUAUCACUACUAAAAGAGCAAAGAGGUAUCUUUUUUAAUGUGGCGAUUCUCUUUAUUGAGCAGGGGGAGAGCACCUGGCCCUAUCCAUCUCCAGCACAGCAUCCCUCCAGUGGCUGUUGCUGGUGUCUAUGUCAAUUUUAUAUUUCUUUUUUAGGUUGUGAGCCCUUUGGGGGACAGGAAGCCAUUUUAUUCAUUUGUUCAUAUCUAUGUAACAAAUAAAGUUUGGAGACUUUAGUUGAAA